UUGAUCGAUAAAAAAAAAUAGCCCAAAGCAAAGCAAAGUGAAGUCGGAAUUGUUGUGAUUUUAUCAUAAAUUCAGUAUUUCUAAUACAAUGGGGACAGAAGUAGCAAUAUCCUUUAGUUCUUUACGAACACAAUUAGAAAAUGAAAAGAGUAGUUUGUUUAAAAUUGACGAAAACAUCAAGAAAAUUCAAGUUUCAGGGCGGAGUUUUUCUAACGAUAGCAGGUUCAACAAUGCGUCUGGAGACUAUUACAAAAGUGGAUUUCGUGCAGGUGGUCGGAAUUCGUUCCAGGACGCCGGUAAUAACUACAAGAAUGAAGAACAAUUAUUUGGAAAACGAAAACAUGAGACUAAAACGGUUUUUAGCAGGUUAUCAGCACGAGUCCAAGACAGUGAUGGGGAAGAUGACGGACCAGGAAUCAAGAGGGGGAGAGUGCCUUCUGCUGUGUGCCGUGAGCUGCCCACCCGGGCCGCAGUGCUAAGAGCACAGGGUGACGAUGAACAGGCCCGGAAACGUAACAGACGUAUCUUUGGAUCACUUCUAGGCACGCUACAAAAGUUCAAACAGGAAGAGAUAGUGCUACAGACUAAGGAAGACAAGAAGGCACAAGUUGAACGCAAGAUAGAAGAGCAGGCCCGGCUAGAAAAGGAAAGAGAACAGAAAGAACGAAAGACUUUAUAUGCCGAGAGAGAACACAAGAAAGCCAAGAUAAAGGCUUUGGAAGCGAAAAUGGCGCGAGUUCAGGAGUUUGAGAAAUGGGAAGAAUCACAGAAGAGCAUCGCUAACUUUAUCCUCACCAAAGCUAAGCCCCACAUUUAUUGGAUACCAAAGAAAAUGUCUGAAAAGGCCACAGAGAAGUUGAAUUCAAGCAGAAAGUUCCAUGAAAAAUGCAUGAUCAAGAAACGGCAAGAACUGCAAGAGGAACUCCAGCGGAUAGAGCAGCGCUGCCUGCGGCCUCGCGGCCCCGGCGCCAAGGAGAACGACCCAGAACUCACCGACAAGGACGUCGAAAUGCCGCUGCAGAAGGAUCCCGCAGAACAGGACCAGGAAAUGAACGAGGACGAUAAGGGACACAAAAGAAACAAGUUCGCGGCAGAUGCUGACGAGAAAGAAGACAGCGACGGCGACGAUAGACAUGAUGCGCCUAAUGAUAAGGAUGAAUUGGUGGCUGAGGUUAAAAAUGAAACAGAUGAUGUUAAAACUGUAGAUAGAAGUCAAGAAGUCGAAGAUCAGAAUAUGAGUGUUGAUGCAAAUACUACAGUAGAAGCUGAAGUGAAUGACAGCACAGUAAAUGGAGAGCAAACUAAAGACGCUAGCGAAGUUAAUAACGUGCAACCUGUGGCCGAAGAAAAACCCGAAGAACCAGAACACUCUGAGCAUUCCUAGUACUCCCGCAUCUGUCAUUACAUAGCCUGUUUACUGAAUUGUACUGUAGUUAAUUUCAACACACUUGCAACACACAUUCAUAGUGACUUAUAGCACCAUUUUUAAGUAUAUAACACUGUCUUGUAAAUAGAGCAUAAAGCAUGGGUGUUUAACACAUGCUUUUUAAAAUAUUAUAACCAUAAGUUAAUGAAAAUAGUUUUUUAUUAAAAUAGAGGUUAUUUCAGAUAGUCUGUUAUAAAACAGUUAACUAUUUUUUAUAUGAAUAAUAGACAUAUAAAACAUUUAUUGUGCUUGUUGAAUAAAAUGAGAUUGUUUAAUUAUGACAAAUAUAGAUUUCAUAAAAUUAUUUAUUUUUCAACAUAAUAGGUAUGUUGUCGUGAAAUAUAUUAUGUAUUCAGUGAUUAGUAAAUAUGAGAAACAUAUUUACAAUUUGUACUUUAGAAGACUGUUCGCGCCACGCAACCUCCCAUAAAGAAUUUUCCAAAGUUUUCUUUAGAAACUUGAAUGAAUGUAUUACAUUUUCUUGCAAGUGUGUUGAAAACGUAUGAAACGCGUGUGCUAAGUUGGUAAUUACACGUCGUUUACAACUUUAACACUACUUUACAGUGCCGAAUCACAGGAAAAGGCCUUACGCCAUCGUCUUCCGUUCUGGCUGCUACCUGCCUGGACUGUACUUACCAACUUAGCACACGAGUGUCAUAAUAUUCGUAGUGAAAUUGGAAUCCUUUAAUGAGGGUUAGUUCAAAUUAAAACUGAAGUGUUCUUGUUACAAAACUUUAUAAUAGGUUCAAUAAUUUAGAUCAAGAAUAAAUCACAGUUUAUCAUUUGCAUUUGUGGUUAUGUUUACAAGCGUUCAAGUAAAGUCAUGGAAUGAAAA